AUGGUUGGGAGUAUGGUUAUUGAUACCCUAACUAAUGGUUUAAUGACUAUGUUGUGGGUAUGUUUGAAUUGUCCGCUGACUAUUUAUGGUAAAAAAAAUGGGAUGGACUUAGUUUGUAGACCGUUGAAUAAAAUUGAUGUUAUCCUUGGAAUGAUCUGGUUGGAGUUCAACCAUGUUCAUAUCAAUUAUUUUGACAAGUCAGUGUUAUUUCCAGAGUUUGAUGCAAGUGUUGAGUUGUUUGUGUCUGCUAAGCAAGUGGAUGAGUUCAUGAAGGAGGGGGCUGAGGUGUUUAUGAUAUUAGCUUCUAUGAAGGCUGAAAGCAAAUAUGCGAUUAGGGAGUUACCAAUGGUGUGUGAUUUUCCUAAAGUGUUUCCAGAUGAUAUCAGUGAUUUGUCAUUAGAGCGCGAGGUUGAGUUCUCCAUAGACUUAGUCAUUGAUACUAGUCCUCUGUGGACGGAUCCUUAUAGGACGUAUGCUUCAGAGUUGAGUGGGUUUUGA